ACACACAGCUCGCACCACCGAGGGCCUCACGUCAAGCCAAGCCAGGAACCGACAGGACACACAGACAGACCCCGCCAACACAGCCGCCAUGAGGGAGUUCAAGAGCAAGGCGUUCUGGAGGGCCGUGCUGGCCGAGCUGGUCGGCAUGACCCUCUUCAUCUUCCUCAGCAUCACCACCGCCAUCGGCAACUCCAACAACACCGCCCCCGACCAGGAGGUGAAGGUGGCCCUGGCCUUCGGUCUGGCCAUCGCCACCCUGGCCCAGAGCCUGGGGCACAUCAGCGGGGCCCACCUGAACCCGGCCGUGACCCUGGGUAUGCUGGUCAGCUGCCAGAUCAGUGCCUUCAAGGCCCUCAUGUACAUCGUGGCCCAGAUGUUGGGCUCGGCUCUGGCCAGCGGCAUCGUGUACGGAGUACGACCGGACGGUAACGCUGCGCUGGGGGUCAAUGCCCUCAGCGGUGUCACCCCGGGUCAAGGCGUUGGCAUCGAGCUCCUGGCCACCUUCCAGCUGGUGCUGUGUGUCAUUGCAGUCACUGAUAAACGCCGUCGUGAUGUCACCGGCUCUGCACCCCUGGCCAUUGGCCUCUCGGUCUGCCUGGGACACUUGGCAGCUAUUAGCUACACAGGCUGCGGCAUCAACCCUGCACGCUCCUUCGGACCCGCUUUGAUCAUGAACGAUUUCACAAACCACUGGGUGUACUGGGUGGGGCCCAUGUGUGGGGGCGUGGUCGCCGCUCUCUCCUACGACUUCCUGCUGGCGCCCAAACUCGAAGACUUCCCCGAGCGCCUGAAGGUGAUAGUCAGCGGCCCCGUGGGGGACUACGAUGUGAACGGAGCCGAGGGCCCCUCGUCCCUGGAGAUGUCUUCUAAAUAGUGUUACAGGGGCCGCACCCCCGGUGCCCCUGCUUAGUCGGGGUCCUGGUGCCAUAUGGAAACCUGUCGAUACUCUUGUACAGAACAAAAUAGCUCUUUGCAAAAAAAACUGCAUUUCCUUUUACUUUGUAUUUUAUACUUUGCAACAAGGAGGAUUUUUUUUCCUGCCAGUGGGUCAAAUGUCUUAUUUCUUUACUGACUUGUUUUUAUUGUAACCACACCCUUUUUUAUUCUCUUGUGUUUCCUUUGUGGAGCCUUGUGUUUGUAUACAGAUUCUAAAAUACCAGUCAAUGUAAGACAUUUUAUUUUUAAAUGUGCAUGUGUGAUGUGUAUACACUGGAUUGUUUAUCACUUUUGUAAGUAAAUAAAGCACUUUUUGUUAACUCUUGUUCUUUUACC